AUGAGUGCUGUUGACAAGAUACAGAAAAACAUCUAAUAUAUGCAAGAGCACACUGAUAAAUUCAACUACCCAUCAACUCAAAAUUUCUUAGAGAAUAUACACUCAAGGAAGGCUUAGCUGUUUCCGAACAGUGUUAAGCAAAUGAGUCCCUUAGUUUUCAAUUAAAACUCUGAGUAAUCAAGAGACAUGUUUCCUUCUCUCGAAAGAAAGGUCUACGAUUAUAAUUCCAAUUAAAAUGAAGGCACCCCAAGAAGUAAUAACAAGUCUGUUAAUCUGAAUAACAAUCCUUAUAAUUCCAGACUAAAGGAGCAAUUAAAAAAGAACUAGAACAUGAUCAACGCUUAGUAAAGCUAUAAUUUCCAGCAUAAUUACUCCUCGAGAUUAAAGGAAUCAUCAAGAAGAAAGCUAAAUAAAAUAAAAUAGCUAAAAAACAAAGAACUUUUGCUGAGUAUUGAUGAGGAAACUCAGAGCAAAAGAUUCGCGUUCAGUGAAUUAGGAAACAAUCAACCACCCCAGCAAUAGCAGUAUAUUAAUGAAUAAAGUUCUCAAAUUUAAGGAAUAAUCUAGAGAGUAGAUACAUCCAACACCUAGAGACAGAAAAAUAGAGUAAAUCUUAAUGUUAAAAGAGGGCUCUUUACAAAUGAAUUGGAUGUCUAAUAAAUGUUUGGUUUCUCAGACAGAAAAGCAUCUCGAAUUAUAGGAAAAAGUAUUAGAGUUUUAGAUUAACCUCCACUCCCUAUAGCAACUAAAGAUAUUGAACUGACUUCUAGAUUAUUGCAAAAUAAAGUAACAGGAGUCAGUUUCUAUAUGAAAGACUUAAAUGAACUGAAAAAGUUGGAACUAAAGAGAAGACCAAGAAAAGCAAAGACUUCUGAUCAAAAUAAAACAACUAUUCAAAGUAUCUAAAAAACCCCUCUGUCUUAUUAACGUCCUUAACAAAGUCCAAGAAUCAAUGAGGUAGACUAGAAUGGGCAGGAAGUUCAAUUAUCAAUGAAUGAUUAGAUUCAACUUAAUAAAAUAAACAAACCUAUAGGUCAAAGGAAUAAUAAUAUAGCUUAGACAGACUCUGAUGAGUUAAAAUCUAAAUAAAAAUACAAACUUUAAGAAGUUUUUUUGGACACCUGA